CGGACGAUGAAGAAGAGAUAUCUGUCCUUCAGAGACCACCAGGGAUUCACUUGCUGAAAGGGACCAGGGUGAACCUAGAGUGUGUUUCACCGAAAGAGCCAGAAGUCAAGCUAUUCACUUCCGGGACUGAUGAUGACCAGAAAGGUGACUCUAAUCCUCAGCUUCCUGUGGGUCACAAAACAGAAGGAUCACUAAAUGAAAGAGUGGCACAUAAAACAGAAAACAAUGCGCCUUUGCAACAGAAAGCAAACAAGACUGGAUGGAUAGAGACUCCGUUCUGCCCUGUUUUAUCAUUGACAGUAAGUUAAAUUGUAUAUAAUCAGAUUAUUAGACCAGAGCUAAAUACAAAGUAUGUAACACAUUAUUAUCUCAACAGCCUCCUGAUACCUGGGAUCUCGACCAAGUCCUUCAGACUCUAAAGCAACACAAACCUCUUAUCGAACCAAUUCAACCCAAUAUACACAAAGGCGACGACAGUGAAACGCAUGAAAAUGAUUUAAUGAAACAGCUGGUUGCUUUUUGUGAGAAGAAAGUAAAUGAGAUGGAAAUAAAGACACAUGUUUCAUCUACGAAAACCCAUAAUAUACAAGAAUCAUCCCUCAGAUGUACUAGGCGACCGAUGAAGGACUUCAAAGAGACCUCAGCAAAAUUACAACUCAAUCUAGACUCUCCCACCAUAUAUAUUGACUUGCGCAACAACAAAUUUCAAACAGAGCAAUCGGCUAUUAGCCAGAGUAACAGUGUCGUAAGUCCUGUAAACAUGAAAAAGAAAAUAAGCUCCAUUAAGAGGAUGACUAACACAAAGGCAAAAGCAAAUGGGCAGAAAAAAGAAUUUGCUGGGAAGAGUUUAUUACUCCAAAACCCCAGACAGUCAAAACAAAGUGUGGCAGAGAUAUCUGGGAGAGAUUUUGCUGAGGCUAGACAGAAAACCCCCUCAGGGAAAAUCAUAAAGGAAAACCAGCUUUGUGAUUUUGAAACUAGCUGCAGUGAACCUGGUAUUCAGCAGGUCAAUGUCUGCUGUUCUACUACAAAAUGUGACCAACAUAAACAAAAUUCUCAAUCUUCUCACGUUCCAGCUGCUCAAAACAAACAAAGCCAUAAAGUCAGAUGGCAGAAGGAUCUGAAGUUCUUGCAAACAUUCAGACCUCAACGUUCUGCUAAUAACACGGAGGAAGCCGCUGAGAGGACUGAUGUUCUUUAUGACCCUGAAGCAUCCUACCUUCCCACUGUGAACACCCUGCCUGCAGAUCUAGAGAUGAGGGAGUGUUUGCUGUUGACUGUGUCCUUGUCCAGUCUUGGGGUGGUGGCUGGAAGAAUGCAGAGAAAAGCACAGACAGUGGAUUCAGUCUUCAUCAAAUCACAUGUUUACAAUGCACUCAUAGCAUGGUUCUUGUCUUUGACUGAUCCCAAAAACUGCAAUAGAAAGGGUAACAAGCUUGAUGCCCCUUUCUGGGUGGCUGGGCUGCAGCAGUUUUAUAAGGAAGAUGGCUUGGCUUUGUACAUCUGUGCCAUGUCUCUUGAGGAUGGUCAAACUGGCUGUAGGAAAUCCAUGAUAAAGGAGGUCAAAAAGAACGAGAGCAUGUUUUACAGGCGAGUUUGCAAGUUUUUUGCUCAGACGUCAUUGAAGACUGUUGCAUUCUGGGUACCUCAGCUUAAUCAUUUGCUGGAGGAACAGGCUGUCCACAUGCCCUCAUCUUACCUGGACUGCUUCAUCUCUGUCAACCCAAAUAUAGAGGCCGUUGAAAAGGCCUUUAGUGUGAUCCCAGGAUUCUACUGGCAAACUCUGGAAACCGAAGAUCAAAAAUGUCAAAGGGCAGAAGCCACAAAUUCUCAAGAGUGUCAUACUGAGACGGCGCUUGUUCUGAUAGGCAAGGCACUGUUGCCUAACCCACUGGCAAUGCAUCACACACUUGAGCUUAUGUGCAGAUCAAGUCUAGAUGUGUGUGGUAUCCGUUUCCUCUACCCGCCCCAAGAGCUACUGAAAAACUUUGCAGUCAGCAAGUCAGUUAUGCAUAGCGAGGGACAGCCAGUGCUUAUCAUGGCUUUCCGGGGUCCUCACGCUAACUCAGUGUGGCAGGAGAUCACAGGGCCAUCAGACCCCCAGCUGGCAAGGCGGACAGAUCCAGCAUCCAUCAACGCCCUUUACCAUCAUAGUCAAGACCAGCCCCUGCUCUACUCACCCCGUCUUGCCAAUCUUGUGCAUCUGGGGCUCUGCUUGUGGUUUGGUGGUAGAAUAGCAAAAAACACCCCAAUGAUUCAGGACUCAGAGGAGGGUGACAGAGGAGAUAGAUCCCACAUUCUUACCUGUUCUCCAGCAACUUUAUGUGCCACUGUUGAAGCGGAUAUAUUUCUUAUUGCGUCUCCUGUGGUUGGACCAUGCUGUUACAGCUAUAUACUAUCUGCUUGUGCAAAGAGUGGCUUCAGUCUGUUGGGAGUUCAAAGGACACAGAUAUCCAGGAAACAAGCUCAAUCUCUGGGUCUCACCACCAAGCAGGUUUCAGCGUUCUGUCACGCUCCCACAGUGUUGCUGGAUGGAGAACAGGUUGAGCUGUCCUCUAAUUGUCUUGUGCUGCUCAUGAGGAGAGAAAGUGCACUUAGACACUGUUCCAGACUGCCGAUAGGUUGUAUGAAUGAGCUUGCCGUCCAUGGCCUUAUUGGAUCAAUCCGUGCAAGAUUCACAGAUGUUGUUGAUCCACACAUCUGCUUUCACACUGUACCCUACUCUAAAAACCACCACAAUGUUCUGGGUGGGCUCAUGUGGACAGUACCAAAGUAUAGCCACAUGGUCCUGUCCAAACACACGUAUCCCUCUUGGCCAGAUGUAGAGCAGGUGGUGAUUCUCACGUUGACUGGUCAAAACAUCAUGAAGAAUGAAAUGGGCUUUCUUCAUAAAGUUCUCAGGGGAGAUGCAGCAGGACUAGAUGGAUUCGAGUUGCUGGCAUUGAAGUGGGUGUCCAAGCUGUCUAAGUGGCAGGCACAAGAGUUGAGUCCUUUUGAGAUCGGGGACAGAGAGUGGCAGAGCAGUGUGCAUAGCUUGACUUCCACUCCUGGCCUGGUCUUGGCUCUGAGGAGGGUGAGGGCAUUCAUCACCCUACGUAGACUUUUACCACCAAAUUACCCAGGAAACCUGCAUGUAUUGAUGUCCCCUACUCCCGAGACAGCUUUCAGACAGACCUGCCUCUUCUUCUCUGAGGCAGAAUUGGUCCCUGAUCACGGCAGUCGUCCAUCAUUGAAAUUUCUACCACUUCAUCACAUUGACACUCCUGGUCUCAGAAGCCAGUCGCUUUACAGUUACAUGACAGUGGGCCCAGAGCCACUUUUGACUCUAGCUCUGUUCAAGCCUGGAGCCUGGAGACACUGCUUUGGUAAAAUUCUCACCAUAAUCAAACAGAAUGGAUAUACUCUAGUGGGCUUACGUGUGCUUCUGCUGGACUCAAACACGGCAAAUGCACUGAUACAUCCGUCGGAGCAACAGGAUCCCACCGAGGAGCUGGAGUUGAAGUACUUGAGAUCCGGCCCCUCGCUGGCUUUGGGUUUACUGAGAGUGAAUGCGGUAAUGAGGCUGUUGGAGCUGAUGGGUCCUGAGGACCCUGUUGAAGCCCGUACUAUAGAUCAGACACGAUGGAGAGCACAGUAUGGCUCUGACAGACUGCAUAAUGGCAUCUAUGGAUCUCCAUCUUAUCGGAAGGCUGUAGAAGACAUAAAACUGGUAUUUCCAAAGGGGGUGUGCUGCACUGAAACUUCAGUUAUGAAACACGAGAAGAUAUCCUGUUUGCGUUCAGAUCCUGACGCUAGUUUGGACCGUGAACAGUUGAACACCGUUAGAACCGCUGUCAAGAACACAUUUGCAUCAGGAUUUGGUCAAGGGCCUUUGGUCUGCAGUGCUCUUUGUCAGACCACCUGCUUGCUGAUACCUUCCAACCUCCUGCAACAGAGUCAGCCUCCUCUGUACUCGGAGCUACUGCAUCGGCUGCUAAGGACAGGCUGCCUCCUGGUGGCUGGAAAGCUCUGCGCACCAGAUGAAAAACAAAGGCAGCACAUGUCUGAGUUGCUGAGGUCCUCUGCUGGUGGAGCACUUCUACUUGAGGGUCCCUGCCUUAUCAUUGCUUUGCAAGCAGACAAUGCUGUCACAUGCUUUGAUAUUAUUCUUGAGAGCGUUUGUAGGGCGAGACCAGACUUUAGGAGAGUUACCAUGAAACUUCUUUACCCAAAUUCUGAAAGCGGGGCAGUGAAAUUGCUGCGUUACCUGUUUGAUGAUCACAGUCUUGAGUCAGUCUUCACCGCAUAGCACCACAAUAACCAGGAUUUAUUCCAUAAGAUGUACCUA